UACAAUUGGACGACUUCAUCGAGUUAGUUGUUCACAUUGUCAUGGACGAGAUACAAUAUGUGUAACACGAGAAAGUGAUAUUAUUGAUCGACAAGAUUUUGUUUUACAAUCAAAAAAAGCAGUAAAACAAUUUCCUUUACAUCUUAGUUGGGCAAUGACUAUACAUAAAGCUCAAGGGAUUACAGUUGAUCAAGUAGUCAUUAGUACAAAAGACUUGUUUGGAAGUGGAAUGGGCUAUACAGCUUUGUCUCGUGUUCGUACACUCGAGGGUUUAUUUAUUAUUGAUUUGUAUUUCGAAAAAUUCUAUUGUAAUGAAAAUGUUGAUAGAGUUCUUUCUCAAAUGAAAGAGAUGAAAAGAAAACCAUCAAUAUUUCAAGAAUCUUCGAAUUUUUUGAACAUAUUUUUUCAUAAUAUUGAAGGAUUGAAAUGUAACUUUCAUGCAUUUCGACAACAUCAUUUAAUACGAAAAGCUGAUGUUAUUUGUCUAGCAGAGACAUGGUUAAAGAAUAAUAAUGAGAUCGAUAAAUUAGAACUUGAUGGAUAUAAACUUUUACAUAAAACACGAUUAUCUUCAUUUGAAUCAAACCAUCCGCUUCAUUCACAAAAGGGUGGUGGUGUUGCGAUAUAUUUUCGAAAAGAAAUAUCUAUAAAAAAAAUAGACUCAUGCAAGCAUUUAAAUCUCGAAUAUAUUACUUUCGAAGUCGAGAAAAAUAGCACGACUAUUAUCAUAUGUUAUCGAUCGCCUCAACAAAGUAAAAAUGAAUUUUUAAUAAAUUUAACUGAACAUCUAGAACAAAUCAGUAUUCAAAAACAUAUUCUUCUUAUUGGUGAUCUCAAUGAAGAUACUCUAAGUAAUAAAUCAAAACCUAUUGAAAUAAAAUUACAAAGCUUAGGUUUUACAAAUAUAUUUAAACGUUUACCUACUACUAAUAGUUUGAGUAGUAUUGAUUGUAUCUAUUCAAAUUUUAUAUCAAAUAAAGAUCAAUAUUACGAUGUAGCAGGCACGUAUUACAGCUUCCAUGAUGCAUUAAUUUUGUCUGUAAAUAUUGAAAAUGGAAAAUCUAAACCAAAUAUAGAAAAUGAAUUAAUUAAUGAAAUAACAAUGGAAACAAAUAAUUCUUUUCAAACCUCGUCAGAAGUUGUCAAAAUUUCUAAACAGAUAAAUAAGCGAAAAGAAAUAUCAAGAAAAAGAACUAAUAAUCAGCCUCUUAAAAGAACAAAAAUAACAACGAACGAUAUCAGUACUAAUAGUGGUCUAAAAGAAAAACAAUUACUCUUUCUUCGGAAUGUAGAUAAGACUAUGGACAUAAACAGUCUAGAAUACUUAUCAAAUACACUUAGUUUAAUUGACCAACUUGCUACUAUUGGUUUAAAAAAAAUUAAUAUUUUAGGAGAUGGUAAUUGUUUUUUUCGUGCAAUUUCACAUCAACUAUAUAGACACGAAAAUGACCACUUAAAUAUUCGAUCUGAAACAAUAAGUUAUCUCAUUUCAAAUAAGAAAGACUUUGAACCAUUUAUCGAUGAAACAGAUUCAACAAUAGAAAAUUAUAUUGAAUGA